UGUCUAGAAACUAUCGGUAAUACUGAUAUAGGGGCAUAGUUACGAGGGGCUUUAGUGAGAUGAGAGGCGCAGUACUGGGACUUGCUCUGUUGCCUCUGAUAGCGGGGCUUCAGAGCCACCACUUUGAUCACGAUGUUGAUGUCAAGCAUCCAGAGAGUGGGGAGCAUGUCAAGCUUAGAAGUAAGGGCCGCCUGAGCGAAACCAUAGACUUGGACAGGGUGUCUGGAAUCAAGAGAGUGAUAUGUCAGGAUCAAAAGAUUUUAAUCGCCGUGGAACACAAAGGGAUUGGGAGAAGCUGGAAGAAAGGUCAGGUGGUGAUGGGCAGUCCGAAAUGGGACUGCACCCUUAACACGUUACCAGGGGGUUCGUCAAAACAGAGAGGGGUCUACGCCAAAAUUAAGGAAAUAUUCUUCCCAACGGAAACCGGAGUAGUCCUUCACACCCAGUCGGUUAGAGCCUUCGAUGUGAUAGACGAAGCGGACAUUAAGUUCCGCUAUACUCCUGGAAACAGUGCAUCUCAUCCACCAGAAACGCGGAGAAGACAUCGCCGAUACAUCGCCAAUGUACUGUCUGAACUCCUGGGAAACAUCACGUGGCAGUACAGUGACACGACUUCUAUUCCGUGGAAUAAAGACGACUCUAGGGCGAUUGGAUCGUUUGGUUUAGCAAUUGGAGAAAACGACACAGACUACCGUUAUACUGAGAACGUAACAGAUAGUGAAGUCAUGAGCUUCGUCUGCGAGGACUGCAGUGGAACAUCCCACAUGUCGUAUGAAUUUGACUUAAUCAUAAAGAAGAAUGCCAUGAAUGAACCAGAGAUUCAUCGCUACCUCAACAAGCUUGAAUCAAAUACUACAAUGAAUUUGAAAACAAGUUUCCAGACUUCAAAAGAUAUCAAGUUUGAGUUGCAUAAAGAAAUGGAAGAAUUACGUGUUCCACCGACAAUGCUGUUUUCGGUGCCUCUUGCGCAUGUGCGAAAUCUCCCGCCAGUGAUGCUGACGGUGAAAUAUACGGGAUCUACUUAUGUUGACUUGCAAGUUGACACAAGAUCAGCCGUUACUAUGGAAACGGACAUUAAAGUUGGAGGAAAAUAUUCUUUUGUUCAUGAAUACAGUGGAACUUCGUCUCUAGGAGGAGACGUUGUACCACACAACUGGACGUCUACCACCGAUCGCAAUACUGUAAACAGCGACAAAGACAUGUCCGUCAACAUAUCCGUGUAUCAGCAGAUUUUAUUUAACACAACAAUUGGGUGGUUUGCUCGGGACAUGGAGAUUGAUUUUUCACCUCCAAUAAACUAUAGAUUGAAACCGACUAUUCGCGGUAAAUCUGCCGUUAAUGACGUCCAGCGGUGCACCACGAAAUCAGCCGACCUUGGUGGAGAGUUCAAUGUUACAGAGGCCAGACUCACGGUGGAGGCCUUCGGAGUGUCGAUAUGGAAUAGUCUAAUUGCAAAGGGCUUCAAUAAGAAAGUGAAUUUUGAGAAUGAAACUUUGUAUCAGAAAUGUUCCGCGGAUUGUCCAACAUCAACAAAGAUAUCUUUAUACGACGGACUAACAAUGUCGGAUGUUGUAGGAAAUCCCAGAAUGUCGAUCAGGAGAAAAGAUCCCGACUUCAGAAUUUUGACACAGAUGUGGGGAGACAACGUCCUGUUUUCGUCUGAGGAGGCGAACUUUUCCUCCUGGUGCGGGACCCCUGGUCGUCCCUGCGGAAGUUGUGUUUAUCAGGGCGCCGACGACAUUGACCAGGAGUGUGCUGACCGUCUGAUGGUUCCAAAACUAGCUACAAAAAUCAGCCUUCUAGGGAAAUAUGUAUCUGCAGAAUGGCCAGAUAAAAAACUGGUAGUUGUUGAAGCUUGGGAUGAACCUACGUCGUCACAUCCACACGGAAAACAUGGCGAUAAAAGCUUGUACUAUGAGGGAAAAGCUGCUCAACUUGCUAUAACUUACGCCAACAACAACUUUUCAGUUCCUCCGCCUGUUAUUAAAGAUGAUAAAGAUAAUAAGCGCCUUGAACAAAUGGCAGUAUGCUCAGGCUUUCAAUAUGUGUCAAAGGUGAAACUAGAAGCAGGCAUAGAGGUUGCAGUGGGUGAUAAACAGACUCCAUCAAGGGAAGUUAAGAGGACAAAGAAAGUUUCUCUUAGUGGCAAAGACGCGGCGGAUAAAGAAGCCAUGGUCAACGCAAUGAAACGCCUUGAGUCUAUAUUGCCUGGAAAGAAGUGUCCUAAAUUUGACGUGGUGAAGCUUGGACGUGGGGAAUCUUUUCCUUCUAAUUAUCUUGGCGAGGUGGAGGCUGCCGUCGGCCCUGCUUUAGGACAAAUUCAUCGAGAGAACUCCGAGGAAAUGAACAAAUUGUAUGAAUAUCAGUUUGACGAUUUCGAGUUCCUACAUGAAAGACGAGAAAAUCAAAGCAAUGACCAAUGUGGAACAAUGAGAAAGUGCCAGGAUGGAAGCUUUUCUAAUGCAGACGACCCUUGGAGCUGGAGUGCCAAUCGAGUUAUGGCCCCAAGACUUGCAUUUCGCAUGAGAAGAUUAGCCUUGAUAGCAAAAGAUGAGUUGCAGGGAUUGAACGUCACCGUGGAGAGGGCAUUUGCAGAUAAAGUGGAUCGAGGAGAGUCCGAACUGUUUCUUGAAGGAAGGGGAGCACGACUAACAGUUAAAGAAAACCCUAAUGUUAGCAUUCCUAUUCUUGGGCAUGCUGCGAUAUGUGCUGGUUUUGAUUUUGUUCGCAAUAUCGAUAAUGCAGCAAUAGAGGUAUUUGUAAAACUACAGGAUGGGUUUAGAACCACUCUGAUUCCUUAUCCCAGUGGUGACGUGCUUAUUGCCGUUGCUCCCCCUUCAUCAGAGGAAGAUGAGUAUUCCUACAGUGCAGAAUUUGACCACGAGAAUAAGAAACCUCUCUUAGUAGAUGGUGCAAGAGAAGAGAUAAAACUGUCCAAACAUUUCAAAUUAGCUGAUUUUAAAUUUGAAGGUCAUCGUUUCCUGCGCAUUGACCCCUCUCUCGUCGAAUGUUUAGAUCUGACACAGCAGGACUUUAGAGGAAAAAUACAAGUUCUCACUGGAUAUAGACCAAAAUCUGCUAACGAACAAGAGGUUGGAUGGAGUAGGCGACAAUUAGCUAGAUUCCAGAUGGGUCAAGCAGCUGAAAUAAUGUCGAGCAGUGAGGAUGAAGUCCUAUCCUUGGCUAAAAUGUUGAUGGUUACGUGCACCCCGUUCCUCCGUCUUCAGCGAAGAGGACUAGGUAUCCAUGUAAAGCAAAAUGAAGAAAUCGGACGAAUUAGCAUCUAUGUUGAUCUUUAUCCUCUCCGUGACGAUAAUAGAGUUAUUGAUUUGAAGAUAAAAUGUCCGGUUAACAAAGAAACAGAGUGCAUGUGGAACGAGCUUAAGUUGUACUGGUCAGAAAUAACGAAGGGUGGUCCAGGUAUCAUACCAUAUGAUGUCAAGAGUGCGUGUAAAAAGCCUGACCUCAAAAAGAAAACUUAUCUCAACUUUAAUCUGAACAGACCAGGAUUCUGCUUACAAUUCCAUGAUAUUAAGUUCUGCCAGAACUCUACCAAGGCCCGAAAAGAACUCGCGGAGGAUCUCCUGAAACAAUUACAGAGUGUGGCGGGAACUGAUCGGCUGGACAUAGCAACAACUCGAGAACAGAUUAGACAGUGUAUCGUCACUGGCUGUGGGGGAUGUUCAGGAUCGGGAAAGAAGUGGGAUGGGAAGGUAAGAGCAUGUUCAGAACUCGUGGAUAACUUUAUGAAGCAUGCAAGUAUACCACUGAUCAAGCCGACAGAGAGCAUGUCCUUUUUUAACCCGGAUAAUGUUGACUCAGCUGCACAUGCGUAUGCCUGUAAGAAAGAUGGAACCAAAUGUCAAGAGACCGUACAACUAUACUCGAUAUUCCAAACUUUACUUGCGAAAACCUACAAACCGAAUCCUAACACGAGUAUCGAGGAGGAGGUAUUUGGUGCCACAGACAAUCCUAGCCCUCUUCUACAGAUCGUGGAACAGGAGAUCGCCAUGAAUGUCUCGGGAAAUGUGUCAGUUGUAAUAGACCGCUACAAAGAUAUUUCUGCUCUUCGGAGUGUUCUCAAGGUUUUGAUGAUCCACAACCGGAAAGUCAAUUUUGUAAACUUCCACGUUAUGCACGGCGUGAAUCCUGACAAGAUCGUGACCACUCUACAACGGAAGCUGGAGACUUGGUCUGGUUUGUCCUGUCCCAAAUGGAGCAGGUUCGCCGCGGCUCCUUUCACUAUUGAGAUUGUAUCCAAGGAAAGAAAGAAAAGAAGUAUUGAGGACAGCAGGCAGCGGAACGAGGCUCGGAAACGAAAACGAGACUGGGAACGGGACUGGAUAUUGCAAACUUAGAACUACUUUUUAUACAUGAUUUAAUAAAGUAUAUCUGUCAGCA